AUGCCCUCCCAAUCAUCCCCACCAUCCUCCUCGCCGGCAUUGAAGCGCAAACAACAGACCAUAUCGAGCUUCUUCACGAAGAAACCAUCCGCAAAGGACCAAAAGGGAGGAGAGGGACCUUCCUCCAGUCAAUCCACCACAAAAGCCGAAGCCGAACAAACCAAGACGAUCCCCUCGGGUAAAGAGAAUGCCGUCUUUGUCGAUGAAACGUUUAGUCGAAUAUCGGACGACAAAGGAGAAGAUGAAGACGAUCUCGUCCUGCCGGCGCCGAAACGAGUCAAGGUUGACAUUGGAAAGGAGACUCGAGCGGAGGCUAAUAACGUCCUGAACUCGUCGCAGCGUACGGAUAGAUUCAAGUUCAAUAGCUCUCAACCGGUUACCGAAGACCAGGGAGAUACAUUAGAUGAACGAUCCCGCAAAGAGAAGGAGAGACUACACCAGAAAUUCGUCAGGCGGCUAGGCGGACCAGAUUGUCUCAUUGGUAUCAACAAAACUGCUACAGGUACAGAAGAGGGACCUACAGAGGGCGACGAAGAUGCGGAGGAAGAUGAAGAGCCUGCUCCUCCGCCACCGCCAAAAGGCAGACAGACGAAAAAGACCGGGUCAAAACUCACGCCAAUGGAAAAACAGGUCAUUGACAUCAAACGCAAACAUAUGGAUACUUUGCUUGUCGUCGAAGUGGGCUAUAAGUUUCGAUUCUUUGGCGAAGAUGCUCGGACCGCCGCGAAGGAGUUGAGUAUUGUAUGUAUACCAGGCAAGAUGAGGUUCGACGAGCACCCCUCUGAAGCGCAUUUGGAUCGAUUCGCGUCUGCGAGUAUACCAGUCCAUCGGUUACAUGUACAUGUGAAACGGCUGGUUACGGCGGGACACAAAGUCGGUGUUGUGCGGCAGUUGGAGACGGCGGCACUCAAGGCAGCGGGUGAUAAUCGAAACGCGCCAUUUGUGCGCAAGCUGACGAAUGUGUAUACGAAAGGGACGUAUAUUGAUGAUGCGGAAGGGUUGUCGGCGCCGGCUGCUGCUUCGGCGGGKGCCACACCGGCAACCGGGUAUCUAUUGUGCAUUACAGAAUCGAAUACGAGCGGUAGUGAUGAGAAGGUGCAUGUUGGUAUAGUCGCUGUUCAGCCAGCGACAGGUGAUAUCAUUUAUGACGAGUUUGAAGAUGGAUUCAUGAGAGGGGAGAUCGAGACGAGACUACUACAUAUAGCCCCCUGUGAGAUCUUGAUUGUCGGUGAGCUCACGAAAGCCACGGAUAAGUUGGUCAAGCAUCUCUCGGGCAGCAAAAUGAACGUCUUUGGUGAUAAAGUUCGCGUCGAACGAACUGCACGAUCAAAAACAGCUGCAGUAGAAGGGCACAGCCGCGUUUCGAGUUUCUACGCGGAAAAGCUCAAAUCAACAAACGCUGAUGACGAUAGCAGAGCAAGCGCACUUUUGGAAAAAGUUCUGCAACUGCCCGAUCAAGUUACGAUUUGUCUAUCUUCUAUGAUUGAUCAUUUGUCAGAAUACGGACUCGAGCACGUAUUUGAUCUGACCAAAUAUUUCCAAUCGUUCUCGGCACGAUCUCAUAUGCUCUUAAAUGGCAAUACAUUGACCAGCUUAGAGAUUUAUCAAAACCAGACAGAUUACUCGAGUAAAGGUAGUUUGUUCUGGACUAUGGACCGAACACGAACCCGUUUUGGUCAGAGACUACUUCGAAAAUGGGUAGGAAGGCCGUUGCUGGACAGAAAACAACUAGAAGCCCGAGUGGGUGCUGUGGAAGAGCUGUUAAAUUCCGAGCAGAACAUGCUCACCGAAAGACUGAAAGACUUGCUUGGCAAGGUCAGAAGCGAUCUCGAGAGAAGCUUGAUUCGUAUCUAUUACGGAAAGUGUACUCGGCCAGAGCUACUCACGGUCCUCCAGACCUUGCAAAUGAUUGCAAACACAUUUGCCCACAUAAAAUCCCCCGAAGACACUGGUUUUGAAUCGACUAUGAUUAGUGAAGCCAUUGCUGCACUUCCUACGAUUCAGGAAGACGUGGUCAUGUUUCUUGACAAGAUCAAUAUGCAUGCAGCAAAGCACGACGAUAAAUACGAGUUCUUCCGCGAGUCUGAAGAGUCAGACGACAUCACCGAACAAAAACUGGGUAUAGCUAGUGUCGAGCAUGACCUAGAGCAGCAUAGGUCUGUUGCUGCUGAGGUAUUGGGCAAAAAGAAGGUCGAAUAUGUGACUUCAGCGGGUAUUGAGUUUCUGAUUGAAGUUGAUAACAAUUCAUCACAAUUAAAGCGUGUGCCUGCUUCAUGGGCCAAGAUCAGUGGGACUAAGAAGCUAUCGCGUUUCCAUACCCCGGAUGUCAUUCAGCUGAUUAGACAGCGAGAUCAGCACAAGGAGGCACUUGCAGCUGCAUGCGAUAAAGCGUACAUGAGACUCUUAGCUGAGAUAUCUACUAGAUACCAGUCAUUUCGGGAUUGCAUUCAGUCUCUGGCAUUGCUAGAUUGUUUAUUUUCUCUCGCUGCUGUUGCCACUCAGCCGGGAUACACGAAGCCUCAAUACACGGACGAAACUCGCAUUGUGGUUGAACAAGGUCGCCAUCCAAUGGUCGAGCAAAUUUUACUCGAUACCUACGUUCCUAACGACACAAACCUUGCUACGGACGAAACGCGUGCUCUUCUUGUCACUGGUCCUAAUAUGGGUGGAAAAUCGAGCUAUGUCCGGCAGAUAGCAUUGAUAGCGAUUAUGGGUCAGAUUGGAUCUUUUGUGCCCGCCAAAUCAGCUACGCUGGGCAUGCUAGACGCAGUCUUCACUCGUAUGGGCGCAUUCGAUAACAUGCUUACUGGUGAAUCAACAUUUAUGGUUGAAUUAUCUGAAACAGCAGAUAUUCUCAAACAAGCAACACCUCGCUCCCUAGUCAUUCUCGACGAGCUAGGACGUGGAACAUCAACACAUGACGGUGUCGCAAUCGCUCAAGCCGUACUGGAUUACAUGGUCCGCUCCAUCCGCAGCCUAACACUAUUCAUCACCCACUACCAAAACCUCUCCGUCAUGACCAAAUCCUUCCCAAACAGUGAGCUCCGCAACGUCCACAUGCGCUUCACCGAGUCCGGAGGCGAUAAAGAAGGCGAAGAAGAGAUUACAUUUCUGUACGAGGUUAGUGAGGGCGUUGCGCAUCGCAGUUAUGGUCUUAAUGUCGCACGACUGGCGAAUCUGCCGCAUUCGGUGCUGGAUCUGGCAAGGACGAAGAGUAGUGAGCUGGAGGAAAAGAUUAAGCGCAGAAGACUUGCCAAUGUUGUCAAGAGUGUCGGGGGGAUUUUGUCUGAUGAAACGAAGUCUGAGGAUGCGGCGAUUGAGAAGCUUGUUGGGUUUGCAGAUCAGCUUUGA